AUGGAUCACCUCCAUUUCGAUUUCGCGUUGUUCGACGAACUAUUCUCCGAUAGACACCGACUUAUCAGUUUUCUGCUUAAUUCCCCCAAGGCACAUCUGAACGCUUCUCCUAACGCGUUCAUGUGCUUUCGGAAGGUGCUACACUACCUGCUCGUCAUCAAAGGUGUCAGGAUUCCUUCAGAAUCAUCCUUCUCAAAACAAGCGGGUAUCAUAUACCAACCCUACAAGGUGUUUUGGGCGGCGGUCAAGGAGGAGGUUCGCAGCGAAUAUGACAGGCGCGGAUGGGGGGAGACGCACGAGGCAGAGAAGGCGAAGAAGAAGGCGGAGAAGGCCAGGGAGGCGGCGGAGAAGGCGGCGGAGAAGGCGGAGGCAGCGGCGAAGACGAGUGGGAGAUCCAUUUUUGAGCCCGCAUACACAUCCCCAGAGCCCAAGCUGAAGAGAAGUGGAGGUGGGACACUCAACACCAAGACUCGGAAGGGCGACGCGCGGUAUACACCGUACGCCGUCUCGUCUUCGGCCAUUCGCUCGUUUUCCUCGUCGGCCUCCAGAACCCGCGCUCUCGUCUCUGGUCUCCUCGAGGAGCGUGACUGUGGGAUGCCGACAGCCGCAUUCGCGUCUGUUGGUACCACUUCUUCCUCGGCCCCUUCCCAUAUGGAUUGGCCUAGCGUGGUUUCUGCCUCAUCUCUGGACGGUGAACGCGCACGCGGCCGCUCAUCGAACUCUGUACCGGAUUACAAUACCCCCCUCCCACUCGCGCCGGCACCUCGCUCUCAUGGAAUGCUAUCAGAGACAACUACUGCCAACUAUCCAUGGGGCGCACCCUUUCCACCUACAACGGCUCCGGAGCAAAUUCACGUUCACGAAUAUGCCCCCCUGAAUCAGCAUUUCCCCCAGUAUCAGCAUCAGCCCCAAUAUCAGUAUGAGCAUCUCGGGGCAGAACUUUGGAACGGCAACGAGGGGUCUCAGGUCUGGCCCAGCCACAACACUUACCAGCCGGGCAUCGACCAGGCAGUCCAGCCACCACUUCUGGCUUCGCAACCAUACGCACCACGUCUUCCCGAUACAUUUCUCUCGCACCCCUCUCCCACCGCAGAGAUACCCUUAGGUCGAAUCUACGACUAUCGGCCAGCGGAUCAGGAAGAUCAAUUACUUUUCCCCUCUUCAUCUGCCGGGGCUCACGCGCUCAACUCGAUAUCUGCCCUCCUCUCCUCCCCGCACACGCAGCCUACGCUGAUGCAGCAUCUCCAAGAGCAAUCCUCAUCUUUCCUUCCAGAAUCGGCAUUGCUAGACGUUCUCUGUCUGCCAGACAACCUGCUUGCUGUGCCUGAGGACGUGCAAGCUCAGAAGGAAGAAUCUUUGGAGCCCACUCGUUGGUGCUGA